AUGAGGAAAAGUGAGCCAUCCCAGGUGCACCUUCUUCACAACCAUCCAAUUGGACGGAUUUCAGCAUGGCAGAAGGCUAGAGUAAUCGCGUUUAAUCCUUCCUGUUCCCUUACUAGGAACGAAGUGACAACAAAGAUUGCCAUCCUGGACGUUCUCGAUGAAGAUGCCUUUAAAGGAGAAAUCAUAGACCCAGAUAUUGCACGACAAACAGAAGUCAAUUUUUACCACGGGGCUCCGCCCCUUUGGUUGAAUUUCGACCUUGCUGAAAAAAACAAAGAUGAAGACCUUCUCAUUAAACGGGUUGGGUAUGAUAGACUUCUUCAGCAGAUCUCGAACAACAAAUCUGGAGUACAUUUAAACCACAAGCCAGGGAGUGGUGGCACCACAUUGGCCAAGCAGCUUCUCUGGGACGUGAGAAAAUCAUUCAAGUGUGCUGUUCUAGUCGACCCCAGCUUAGAAAGCUCGCUGAUCGCGACCGCUGUGAUUGAUCUCUACGCUGCUGACGAAUCAAACAACCGUAAGACUGUGCUUCUGUUGGUGCAGGAUGGAAACAUGAGCACUCUCCGAGAGAGUUUUGUGGCAGAAUUGUCUAAAAGGAAUAUCAAUUCAGAUAAACCCGUCUUUGUCAUACUUAACUGUGUGAGGAUUGCCCACAUCAACGCUGAACGCUCUGAUGAUGUCAACCUUGUCGACCACCUCACUGGUGAUGAGAAAAAGAAAUUUGAUGCCAAAAAAGAGUGCCUUAAACGCAGGUAUCCUGAUAUUUUUCCCACAUUCCAUGGCUUCAACAUUAUGAAAAGCGACUUCUCCCAAGACUAUGUAAAACGGGCAUGGGAUGCUUGCAGGCCUCUAGUCUCAAAUCGUGGUCCCCAGCCUAUUGCUUGCCUGUGCCUGUUGAACAGCUAUGUCCCGGGCUCCAUCUUUCUAAAAAGUUGCUGUGAUAAAUUUGAAGAGACAAUGAGACCUUUCCUUCACCUGACGGUCAGCUUCAAUCUCAAUGGCAGUGCUGAGGUCCUCCGCAUGGCUCAUCCAAUGAUAGCAGAGCACGGCACUCAGGUCUUCCAUGAAGCAGGCGUGGGCAGAAAGGUCACGGCAUUUACCUUGCUGAAAAGCCUAUGCACUGAGGACCAUGUCCUGUUUCUAUCUGAGUUCAUUAAAAAGCUGCUCAUCACACGACAAGAAGAUGAUUCUGGAAAUUAUCUGUUUUUCUCCAGAUUGAUUUUAGACAUUAAGACUGGGAAUGCUGAGACCGGGAAAAAAAUGUGUUUAGAGGUUUUAAUGGAGGCAUUCAAAAUAUUUCCUCUGAUAGGGAGCUACCCCCAGACGCUUUCUCGUUUCUAUUACCUAGAGAUGACUGACUACUCGAAAGCAUUGCAAUGGGCAGGGAAAGCAAAAGAAAUCGCUCCUUACAACUCCUUUAUUGCUGACACAUUGGGACAAGUCUACAAACAUCAACUGAACAGAGAACUCAAAAAUGAGUUAAACCCAAACACCUUAACUACAAUCUUUUAUCUUGCAAAGAACGCCUUCGAAGCAUUUGAACAUGCAGAGAAUCUUGCAGAAAACGAGUCGACUAUUUUCAACGUCAGGCCAAUAUCGUCUUACUUGAAAGUUGCAAACAAUCUUUUUGAACGGAAGGAAGACCUAGAGAAAGCGACCAAAAGAAAAAAAAGAAAAGAAUAUAAUGAACUGAUAUCCCCUAUCUCUGAUAAG